UACUAAAAAACAAUUAAAAUCCAAACAACACGUGAAAAGACAUCAAACAAACCAUUUGUUUAGAAAAAUAAACGAAUUGUAUAUUUGGAUCAAUUGUGUGAUAAUUUGUGAUUUAAAAAUCAUAAAAAACAAAUGGAUGUAUCCGAAGAAAAUUUACAUCACUAUAUGAUGGCCAUCGAUGCCAUGACCAGAGCCGAGACGGACACCGAAAAGUUUGGCGCACUUUUGGUUGUUUCCCAUCUCUUGAAAGACAAACUAUUAAGUGAUAAACAAAACAAAGAGUUAUUUAAAGCCAUCGGUUCCUCAUUUUUGUGCCGACUAUUAUUGUCCGACGACAAUGGUGUUGAUGUUCCCGAUGAUUGUCCACAAAAUAUCUAUCAAACAAUUGGUGUGUCAAUAGUUUCGUCUUUUUUCUUGAAGAAUCCUGAAGUGAUUGACACUAAAACAUAUAUCCAAUUGUUGUCAUCGAUGGCAUUGAUAUUAAAACUAUUGAAGAAUAAAGAGAUUGAUUUGUGUGAAGACGAGAAACAAAUGCUUAGCGAUAUUAUUGAAUGUUUUGAUUGUUUCUUCAGCUCAGAACAGAUUAAAACAACUAAUUUUCAAACAAUUAAUCGUUUAUUUAAAACAAAAUUUACCGAAAUUUUGGUUCAAAUUUAUUCUGACGAGAGAUUUGCUGUCAAUAAGUCAACGAUCAGACAAUUGCUAUCAAAGAUUGCCAUAACUAUUGAGUGGUCGGAUAUCGAGGAACAGUCAUUCAAUGAGUUUAUGAUAACUAUUGCUUCUGAAUGUAAAUCAAAUCAACAAAAACUUAGAUUUGAUUUAUGUCUUCAUUUGAGUGCAAUUCUCGACAAAAAUCAUAAAUAUUUUGAGAAACAAUCAAAUAAUCCAUCCGUUAGUAUCAUAAGUGAUAUUAUAUUUCAAACGAUACAAAAUAAACUUAAUAAACAAUUAAGAGAUCCGGUCAUCAAAUUGGCUUCAAUUUUGACACAAAUAUAUAAUGGAUUUCAAUGGAUUCAUUUGCCCUCAAAGACGUGGUCUAAAGAUAAAGCAAAAAAAUUUAUGCUUUUAUUGCGUUUGUCUUGUAUUGAGAUCGCCAUGACUUGUGAUGCAGAAGACAUUGAUUUGAAUUGUUUGGCCAAUAGUUUUGUCAUUUUAGAGCAUUCAGUCAUAACUUUGACCAAUGAUUCAGAAGAGAUGUUUCUUUUAAAACAUUUAUCUUCAGAUGAAAUUUAUGACAUUUUAACUGCAAUUAAAGACACGAUGUCUAUAAUUAUAAGAUAUUUGCAGAACUUUAGAGCUAAAGACAUUCAAUUAGAUACUGAAAGCAAUAUAUUUGUCAGUAUAUUAGCAUCGAUUCGAGUGCUUAGCAUUUGGGCCGCAGAAGAAACUGAAGCUCUUCGUGAAGAAGUGGCAGAUAUUUUACCACUUAUUGUAAAAACAUUUAUAUUGUAA